AUGGCGCCUGCAAAAAGAAGCAACAGUUCCGUCCCAUCUGGGUACGUGGAGGACAAGUCGAAAGGGCCAAUGCUCCGAUUUCAAGAGUCGCUGCCCAAGCUCCCCGUUCCGACGCUCGAGGAGACUGCCGCCCGCUAUGUCAAGUCCCUGAACCCCAUCCUCAGCCCGGUCGAGCUCGCCGCGAGCAAAAAGGCCGUUGAGGAGUUCAUCAAGCCUGGCGGCGUGGGUCGCAAGUUGCAAGAGAAGUUGGUCGCCCGGCGCGAGGACCCCAACGUCAAGAACUGGAUGUACGAGUGGUGGAAUGACGCCGCCUAUCUCUCCUACCGCGACCCCGUCGUUCCAUACGUUAGUUACUUCUACUCCCACCGAGACGACCGGAGGCGGCGCGAUCCCGCCAAGAGGGCUGCCGCCAUCUCCACCGCCGCUCUCGAGUUCAAGAAGCAGGUUGACUCUGGCACGCUGGAGCCCGAAUACAUGAAGAAGCUGCCUAUUUGCAUGGACAGCUACAAGUGGAUGUUCAACGCAAGCAGAGUGGCCGCAAAGCCUGCCGACUACCCUAUCAAGUAUGACCACCAGACGAACAAGCACCUGGUCGCUGUUCGCAAGAACCAGUUCUUCAAGAUCACACAUGAAGUCAACGGUCAGCAGCUCAAUACAGCCGAGCUCGAAGCGCAAUUUGCGCGCGUGUACCAACUGGCCAACAGAGUCCCCGCUGUCGGAGCUCUCACCUCUGAGAACCGUGAUGUGUGGACUGACGCCCGAGAGAUCCUUCUCAAGGCUUCGCCCAAGAACAAGGCCGCCCUCGAGGCUAUCGAGUCGGCUUCCUUCGUUGUGUGCUUGGACGAUGCGGCGCCAGUGACCCUGGAGGAGCGCGCACACGCAUACUGGCACGGAGACGGCCAGAACCGCUGGUACGACAAGCCCCUGCAGUUCAUUGUCAACGACAAUGGCACCUCGGGUUUCAUGGGAGAGCACAGCAUGAUGGACGGUACACCCACGCACCGUCUCAACGAUUAUGUCAAUGAUGUUAUCUUCAACAACAAACUAGACUUUAGCAACCCCAACGUACGGUCCGGCCUGUCCGACCCGGCUGCCAUCAACUUUGAAAUCACCAAGGAGGUCCAAGCCGAGAUUGACCGCGCCAUCUCAGACUUCUCUUCCGUCAUUGGCCAGCAUGAGCUCGCUGUUCAGGCAUACCAGGGAUACGGAAAGGGCCUGAUCAAGAAGUUCAAGUGCUCGCCCGAUGCAUACGUCCAGAUGAUCAUUCAGCUUGCCUACUACAAGAUGUACGGCAAGAACCGCCCCACCUAUGAGUCGGCCGCCACCCGACGCUUCCAGCUCGGCCGUACCGAGACCUGCCGUACCGUGAGCGAAGACUCGGUGGCGUGGUGCAAUGCCAUGGCUGACCACACCGUGUCGGACGAGGACACGAUCAAGCUCUUCCGCAAGGCCGUUGAUGCUCACCUCGAGUACAUUAGCGCUGCUUCGGACGGAAAGGGUGUAGAUAGACACUUGUUUGGCCUCAAGAAGCUGCUCGAGCCUGGCGAGGAGGUCCCGGCCAUCUACAAGGAUCCCGCUUUCAGUUACUCCAGCUCAUGGUACUUGUCCACAAGUCAACUGAGCUCCGAGUUCUUCAACGGCUACGGGUGGAGCCAGGUCAUUGACGCCGGUUUCGGCAUUGCGUACAUGAUCAAUGAGAACAGGCAAGUGACCCCAACAAAUCUCAACUUCAACAUCGUUUCCAAGGGCCAGGGAAGCCAGAGGAUGAGCUUCUACAUCAACGAGGCCGCGGGUGAGAUGCGGGAUCUUCUCUCGCAAACCCUCGAGGCGCCAAAGGCCAAGCUAUAG